AUGGAGAGCUUCCACACAAGAUUCAGUGCCUGGACCCCUUUCAGCAACAAGUCAUUAAAUAGACAGCUCUAUCAGGAAAGAGUUGCCCUUAUAAGUCAUUGGUUUGACCUCUGGACUAACAAGCAACGUCAAGAAUUCUUAAUCACAAUAUUUUUACGAUGCACGAAGUCACAGUUAAGGUUUAUCCAAGACUGGUUUUCACAAGGAAUUCAAGUGGGCAAAGUGGAUUUCUCUACAGUGUUACCACGCUUCAUUUCUCUCUAUAUUUUUUCCUUUCUGAAUCCAAAAGAUUUGUGUGCAGCUGCACAAGUCAGCUGGCCCUGGAAGUUUUUAACUGAACAGGAUUGCUUAUGGAGGCCCAAAUGCAUCAAGUUUGGCUGGUUUCUGCCCUAUACUCCAGCAGACAAUGAGUAUGGUGCGUGGAAGCACCAUUACAUUGCUUGUGUGUCCAAUCUAGACUGGCUAACACCUAGGGAGGCCACUGCUGUUUAUGGAACCCUAAAUGAACCGAAAGCAGGACAGGAGGAGCUACAGGAGAGACAGAGAGAAAAAUGUCUCAGAAAAAUAAUUUGGGAGAAAAUUGCACUACACAAAAAGGAGUUAUUCAAAGCUCGACCCCCUUGGGUGAGUGGAACAUGCUGCUCCAGGUUGUUAAAAUCCAAAUGCCAACCACGUCUCUCCCAGACCGUGAGGGAUCGAGUGGGAUUACACGAAGCUUUGGAGAAACAGCUAGUUUUGGCGUCCUUGGAAGCUUUGCCCAAGCGAAGUAAUGUUUCUGGAAGUCAUUCCUACUCUUUACUAUCAAAGAAAAAUUGGCAUGGAGUUUAUAAAAAUUAUGACUGCUCUUCAAAUGCUUUCCAGCUACAUUGCAUAUUAGUGUCAUCUCGGAUUCCUGCAUUUGAGAUGGUUGUGGACAGUGUUAAGGCUGAUGUCAUUUCUGUGGUCUAUGAACAUUGUGGCAUAACUUUGGAGAACCUGCUUUCUCUCAUAGAAAAAGCUCUGGAUGGGCGGAAGGCACAGAGUAUGGGAAUCUUUAGCGAUGGGGAUAGCAGGGAAAUCAACUUACUGCAAGGCUAUAAAAUUGGUAUUAAAAAUUUGCUGCAGCCUGAAGUUAGAGACUUCUGGGAGAAAUUAGGAAGCUGUGUGGCCACUGAAGAAGAGGGGGGUCAUGUGGACCUCUUUGUACCCCUUGCAGCAUCAGAAGCAGGAAUAGAAGUUCUUUCUAAGCUGUCUCAACUAACUGGCACGCUGUUUUCCGCCCCCACUGGGAUUGCCACUGGCUCUUACCAACACAUUCUCAGUGAUUGGCUGGGACAACAGCCGGAAAAGGCUCCUCUUUCCAUCUACUUCAUUGAAUCAAAGCUGCAGACCUGGUCCAGCCUCAUCGACUUCCUGGAAGACACCUUGAAAUCUGUAAGGAGACAGUUAAGUCCCCUCUUCAAGGAGUUGCAGAAGAACAUCAGUGGCAAGAUGAUAGGACAGUUUAUGUUUGACAUGAUGAGUACAGUCAACAUCUUGAAUAACCAAGAAAUUGCAGAGGUUCUGGAAGAUGGACUGAUAGAGCUGUCAAAGGAAAAUUCUGAAAGAAAGGGCAUGGAAGAGACUCCUCAGGACACAAAAUCAAAUCUCAGAAAAAAUGAUCUUAAUUUUGAAGUGCUGGUUAAGCUGGAGAGAAAGCUCCAGACGGACUCAGCAGGAAAGAGAACUAGAGUUGUCAGAGAACUCUUACAGAGUGAGAGGAAGUAUGUCCAGAUGCUGGAAAUUGUGAGAGAUGUUUAUGUAACUCCACUGAAAGCAGCAGUGUCAUCAAACAGAGCAAUUCUAAGUGCUGCAAACAUCCAGAUCAUUUGCUCUGAUAUUCUGCGGAUUUUAAGCCUCAACAGACAGUUUCUAGAUAACCUGAAAGACAGACUACAGGAAUGGGGCCCAGCUCACUGUGUGGGGGAAAUAUUCCUCAAGUUUGGAAGGCAGUUGAAUACAUACACCAAUUUCUUCAAUAACUACUCUGUUGUUCUGAAAACUAUUGAGAAGUGCAGAGAAACUAUACCAGCAUUCCGAAGUUUUCUGAAGAGGCAUGAUAAGACCAUCAUUACCAAAAUGCUGAGCCUGCCGGAGCUGCUUUUGUAUCCCUCCCGAAGAUUUGAAGAAUAUAUUAAUCUUCUCCAUGCUCUGAGGCUUCACACUCCUGCAGACCAUGUUGACCGUGGCGAUCUGAGCAUUGCAAUUGACCAAAUCGAACACUAUAAAGGUUAUAUAGAUCAGGUGAAGCAAAACCUCAAUAGGAAAGACCAGCUGACAGACAUACAGAGCGUCAUCUGGGGGUGCCCUACUCUAACAGAAGGAAACAGAUAUCUGAUUAGGGUUCAAGAUGUAGCUCAACUUCGCUGCAUUGAUGAGGAAAUAAUUUUCUCUUUAAGGCUCUAUGAACAUGUCCAUGACCUCAGCCUUUUCCUCUUCAAUGACACACUGCUGGUUUCCAGUCGGAGCAUAUCUCAUACUCCAUUUGAAAGGAUGUCAAAAACCACCUACCAGUUCAUUGCAUCAGUGGCCCUGCAUAGGUUACUUGUAGAAGAUAUUCCAGAUUCCAAGUAUAUCAAGAAUGCAUUCAUUCUUCAAGGUCCAAAACAUGAAUGGACUUGUGCCACAGAGGUUGAGGAUGAUAAAUUCCUAUGGUUGUCAGUACUCCAAAAUGCAAUCAAAAGCAGUAUGGAGAAGCAAGACUGGGCGUGA